AAGUCUGGAAACCUGGAGACAGAUGAUGUCGCAGGAGUCACCCAUGUGCUGGUGUGGGGGCAGUGAGCAGCCCCACAGACAUUGCUCCCCUGGAUUGUCAGGCAGGGAAACUGAGGCAGAGGACCUGGGCACACAUGCAAGGCUGCAUCCAGCUUGAAGUUGGUGCUGCUUCUCCCUUGGAGGACAGGCCCCGCAGCCCAGCCUCCUCCAGGAAGACCGGGGAGGGUCUGGUGUGGACCAGGGGUCCUGCAGCAGGGAGGGGCAGAUGGGGUAUGUGGGCAGGAAGCGGAAGCCCGGGCCACCCUUCACUGCAGACGAGCACUGAGCUCACUUCUCGCUCAACACAGCCAGAGCUGGAGGUGGGUGCCCGGCGCGGAGGGGCCUGUGGACGAAUGGCUCUGCCCUGCACCCUAGGGCUCGGGAUGCUGCUGGCCCUGCCAGGGGCCUUGGGCUCGGGUGGCAGCGCGGAGGACAGCGUGGGCUCCAGCUCUGUCACCGUUGUCCUGCUGCUGCUGCUGCUCUUGCUGCUGGUCACCGGCCUGGCACUGGCCUGGCGCCGCCUCAGCCGUGACUCAGGGGGCUACUACCACCCGGCCCGCCUGGGUGCCGCGCUGUGGGGCCGCACACGGCGCUUGCUCUGGGCCAGCCCCCCGGGCCGCUGGCUGCAGGCCCGAGCUGAGCUGGGGUCCCCAGACAAUGACCUUGAGCGACAGGAGGAUGAGCAGGACGCAGACUAUGACCACGUCACGGAUGGUGGCCUGCAGGCUGACCCCGGGAAAGGCGAGCAGCUAUGUGGAGAGGCGUCCAGCCCAGAGCAGGUCCCCGUGCGGGCUGAGGAAGCCAGAGACAGUGACACGGAGGGCGACCUGGUCCUUGGCUCCCCAGGACCAGCAAGCGCAGGGGGCAGUGCUGAGGCCCUGCUGAGUGACCUGCACGCCUUUGCUGGCAGCGCGGCCUGGGACGACAGCGCCAGGGCAGCUGGGGGCCAGGGCCUCCAUGUCACCGCACUGUAGCAGCUGGUCUUGGUGUCCCAUCUCUGCCACGGCCACUCACUCCCUGUGCCUCUGCUUCCCAAGAUGCCAUGGCUGGAUUGGACCCCCACCCCACAUGACCACACCUCAGACUGUCACCCCCCACCAGUUCCCAAGUCCACGUGUACCCCCCUCACCACGGGAAGGGCCCCACCCCCACCCCCACCGGCAUCAGGCAACCAUUUGAAAUAAAACUCCUCCAGCCUGUG